AUGGCUGUCUCGGACCGCGCCCUGUCCUGGCCCUCGCUCCUGCUCCAGGUGCUGCUGCUGGCGCCCUGCUGGGCGGGAGCCCAGUGCACGCGGUGGAGUGGCAAGGGCACCACCCCGCACCUGCGAUCCAUCUUCCUGGGCCGCUGUGGCGAGUACAUUGAUCUGCUGCAGCCCCAGCUGCGGGACAAGAACUGCACGGCCAUGUGGGAGGCCUUCCAACUGGCGCUGACCAAGGACCCCUGCUCCGUGCUGCCCUCCGACUACGACCGUUUCAUCGACCUCGCUAGGCACCCCAUUCCCAGAGACAAGGCCCUGAUGUGGGAAAAUAACCUCCUUGUAGUCAACUACUCAGAGAAAAGCCGGCGUUACAUGCCUUUGGGCGAUGCUCUGCUCGGCAAGGUUGUGGAUUUUAUGAGCUGGUGUCGGCAGGAAAACGGCUCUGGACUCGAUUACCAAUCCUGCCCUGUGUUAGAGGAUUGUGAAACCAAUGCUAUGGAUUCUUUCUGGAGAAGGGCAUCCACGCAGUAUGCAAAAGAGACUUCUGGGGUGAUCCACGUCAUGCUGAAUGGUUCAGAACCAAAAGGAGCUUAUCCCACAAAAGGGUUUCUUGCAAAUUAUGAAAUUCCUAACCUCCAGAAGGAUAAAGUCACCCGAGUUGAGAUCUGGGUUAUGCAUGACAUCGGGGGACCCUACCUGGAAUCCUGUGGAGAAGGCACUGUGAAAAUCAUGGAAGACAAACUGAAGGAGAUGGGUUUGCAGUACAGCUGUACUAAUGAUUACCUGCCAGUGAAGCUCUUUAUGUGUGUGGACCACACCACACAUCCUGACUGCGACUUCACUUCUUUAGUGACUGUUGAAGCUUUGAUUGCUGAGACAUCUGCUUCCAUAACAGCUAUUUCCAGUGAACACGCCACCAGCCACAGGACUGAAGAGCCAGUGCCCAGCCCCCUUUGAGUUUCCUGUGUUUUAGAGAUCUUGGUUGAUUCAAUAACUGCUCCUUCUGGCCACUGUUUUUCCUACUUGCCUUCGCUUUAAAUCCCUGCUCUUAAGUUUUAAUCUCACCAGUGAAGAUUGAGUCCCCCAAACCCUAGGCCUGCACCCAUGACCCCAAUAAAAGCAGACCUGUGUGUUCUCACUCUACCCUCAACGUCACUGUGUGGCCCCAGGUGCUCUGGGUAAUUUCUGGGUCCUAUAAAUAAUAAACUUUCCCCC